UGUCGAUGACGAUUCGUGUUCAGACAGUUAAUGAAAGCGCCGGUGAUGGAAAGGCGUGCUGUACUACCGACCCCUUCGACCCAACGGUUUGCCCUGAAAUGGUCACUCGUCAUCACGACUGGCAGCUACAUCUCAAUGAACAAAUACAUUACAAUUCCUUGUGGCGCAUUGUGGCCACGUCGAAGCCAGGCAUGUUGAAUUGCGUGGCGAACGUGUUCACGUCGGCGCGCAGUUGUUUGACGCCGGCAUGCGAUUCCAAUGCGGCGUUGAAGUCCGAAAUCUUCUUGCCGCUCGUGGCUUGGAUUUCCACGCACAAUUGGACAGCGCGGUGGAGGAAUUCGGCCACACUCACAAAAUCGGCUUCCUUGAAACCACGCGAAGUCAAGGCGGGCGUGCCGACGCGAACACCACCGGGCGAGAUGGCGCUGCGGUCACCCAAGACCGAGUUCUUGUUGAGCGUGAUACAAGCGACAUCGCAGAGCUUUUCCAUCUUCGAACCGGUGAUACCAGCGGGGCGCAAGUCCCACAAGAGCAAGUGGUUGUCGGUGCCACCAGUCGCGAGGACGUACCCCUUGUCCGUCAACGCUUUGGCCAACGCACGGCAAUUGGCCUUGACUUGGAUGGCGUACUGCUUGAAUUCGGGGGUCGCAACUUCCUUCAAUUGAGUAGCAAUGGCAGCGAUUUGGUGCUCAUGAGGACCGCCCUGGAGACCAGGGAACACAGCUUGGUUGAUCUUGGUUUCAAAGUUGCGCGAGUCCUUGCGGUAGAAGAUCAUGCCGGCGCGGGGACCGCGAAGCGACUUGUGGGUUGUCGUCGUCACGAUGUCGCAGAGCUCGAACGGGCUCUUGUGUUCGCCGGUGGCAACCAACCCAGAGUAGUGCGCCAUAUCGCACAUGAGCAACGAGCCGUUGUCGUCUGCGAUCUUGCGGAACGACGUGUAGUCCCAGUCACGGGGGUAGGCACUGCCACCGCAUACAAUGAGGGCAGGCUUGAAAAGGGCAGCGGAUUCGGCCAACUUUUCGAAGUCGAUCAAUCCAGUUUCGGGGUGCACACGGUAGGGCAAACUUUCAAAGUACACCGACGUGGCCGACACGGCCUUGCGGGUGUUUUCAGCCUUGCUGUACGUGUAGAACCCAUGGGUCAAAUGGCCACCACUGGGCAAGUCCAAACCCAUGAUGCGGUCGUGGGGACGAAGCAACGCCGUGUACACAGCAAAGUUGGCGGGAGACCCAGAGUAUGGCUGGACGUUCACGCCCCAUUCUUGAGGGUUCAAGCCGUAUGCCUUCAAUGCACGGUCUUGGCAGAGCUGUUCGAUUUGGUCAAUCACUUCGUUCCCGCCGUAGUAGCGUUGGUUUACGUAGCCUUCGGCGUACUUGUUGGUCAAGCACGAUCCCAAGCAGUCCAUGACGGCACGCGACGUGAAGUUUUCGGACGCAAUCAGCUCCAAGCACUUCCACUGGCGGUUCUUUUCAUGUUCAAUCAGGUUGAACAGCUCAGGGUCGUGGUGUUCCAAGGGAGUGUUGCCGGCAGGGAAGCUCAUGUUGUUCGAUUGACGCAGAUGGGAUAAUGAGACCAAUGGCCACGAAAUAGCCAAACGUCCCCAUGGAAGUUGCCGGCCAUUCUUUCUCCCUCCAAAUGAAAUAUAUUG